CACUAUUCUAAAUAUAACAAUUAAUGCACAUAUAUGUAUAAGGAAAAAGGACAGACUAAUAAAAAAAAUGAAAUUCAUUGUAACACACCGUUCUAUGGAUAUUCCUUUGGAGAUAAAAUACCAGCAAGAUUGGUUCUUUAUUUUUUGUCCUGGUCUGGUUUUCUUGUAUCAUUUAUGAUGCGCAAUGAUAUGAAUUUUGCAUUGGUUGCUAUGGUUUCUAUGGGAAACUACACAAAAGAUCAUAAUUCUACCACAUUAAAUAUGGGUCAAGCCUCUGAAGAUCAAGCAUCUCUGAUUAAGUCCGUAAUUAUCAGCUCAUUUUAUUGGUGCUAUGUAUUAUCUCAAGUUGUUGGUGGAAUUGCCACGCAAUCAUUUGGAACAAAGUGCGUUUUUGGAUGGUCGCAGCUUGCAACUGCAUGCUGUAGCUUACUUAUACCGCUGGGAGCAGAAUUUCAUUAUGCAGUUGUAAUUAUUCUACGCUCAAUUCAGGGAUUUGCUUCGGGUUUAACAUGGCCUGCUAUGUAUGCAAUUGUCGGCUUUUGGAUACCCAUAACAGAGCGAUCGCGUUUUAUGUCAAGCUUCCAAGGAUUUAGUAUUGGAAUCGGAUUAACAUAUCCACUUUGCGGAUUUAUUAUAACAUCUUUAGGGUGGCAGCUCGUUUUUUACACAACCGGUUUAUUGGGUGUAGGAUGGUGUAUUUUAUGGUACUUAUUGGCGUUUAAUACGCCUCAAGAGCAUCCCCGUAUUACUCAGGCAGAACUAAAUUAUAUACAGCUAAAUGUCGGCGAAGAAGUGUUAAGAUCUGUUUCAAUUAAGGUACCAUGGGCACAUAUAUUUAAAUCACUACCAGUUUGGGCUAUAGCUAUUACAACAUUUGGAAGAAUAUUUGUACACUAUGUUUUUAUUGUAAGUGGUCCAACAUUUAUGAGUAAUAUUUUAAAGUUUAAAUUCGGAACAAAUGGAAUUUUGUCGGGAAUGCCCUUUCUUUGCUCAUAUAUAUCCUCAGUACUUUUUUGUUACAUAGCAGACAAGCUCUUGUUAUCCAAGGUGAUGCAUCUUACAAAUGUUAGAAAAAUAUUUACUGCACUUUCGCAAAUUGUUCCUGGAUCACUUAUUUUGUGUAUCGGUUACAUAGACAAUAUAACAGUUCUUCUUAUAAUCUGGUUUGUAGCUGUAACAUUCAUAACCGCAUCAUAUGCAGGAGCUAUGGCUAAUAUUAUUGAUAUUGCUCCUAACUAUGGACAUUCUGGAGCGGUUUUAGCAUUUUGUCAAACAAUUCACAUGUCAGCAUCUUUUCUUUCACCAAUGACCGCUGGAUUCCUAGUAACUCAAGAGGACUCCAUUGAUGAAUGGCGAAUAUUUUUUAUCGUGUCUGGAAUGAUUUCUGUUAUGACAUAUAUAUUUUAUCAAAUUUUUGGCACGGCAAAAAUCCAAUACUGGAAUGUGAUUCCUCCGAAAAAUGUUAAAACUGCAGAAGAAAAUAUGUUUAAUAAUGAAAAUAAGGACUUAAUUUCUAAAUCAAAACUAGAAUACUGAUACUUUUGGUCACUUUAAGCUUAAAUUACAAAAUACAUUACGCAUGUAUAUACAUUAUCAUGUAUCUUAAAAUUAAUUGUAUCUUAAAAUAUCUG